CAUGGCUUCAAUGUGUUUUAAGCCGGGCUAAGGUAAAAACAGGUAAAACCUCAAAAAAAUGGUGAGUAAAGCAACUCGCAGAGGAAUGUGAAAAUAAAUAUAAGCGAAUUAAAAAAAAUGUACGUUACGAUCAUAACGGGAGCUAAACAUCGAUCUCUUUUCUGUGCAUACAAGUUAAAGGUUUACCGUGGCACGUAAACAGAAUAAUAUGAAAGUAACAACGAUAGUAAGCACCAAAAGCAGCCAGUUAAACACAGUUUUUGCUUUUCAAUUCGCCUUUGUCGCUGUGAAACGUUGUCGCUUGUGAGACAAGUAAGUCAGUAAACAAGUGAGCACCGUCUAGUCAAUUCGAUUACUACAUAGCUGUGUGUUUAAAUGGAACGUUACUGAUUGCUGCUGCUCGCUGGAGAUCGUACAAUAGUGGACAAUGAAGCAGAACACUUGGCGAAUGCAUGCCAUGUACAUCGAACGCGAAUUUCAGUAGUAAAAUAUAAUAGAGAAAAACGGCGUUGGAGAAAAUUCAAAACAUAAUUCAAAAGUCUAAUAAAAGUAGUACAAAAUUUAAUUAGUGCGCCAACGGUAGAAUAAAGCUUAGGCAUAAUCGAAUUUGAUAAAAGUAAAAAACCUUAUUGACCGAGGGUGGCACCCUGAACGCCAAGCGAACGGAGCAUUUAAUUAGUCAGAAUUUAGCAGCGGUGGCGGCAGCAGCAUCAAAAAUGUUAACAUUAUUGCUGGAACAAUAUCAAAGAACGGUACGGUUACAGCGAGGAGAAAAUACAGUUUAUAAUAGCGACCACCGCCCAGGUAACGCAUAUAGCCACACCUGGCGUAGCUGCAACGAUAAAAGCAACACCACCAACAACAACAGCAGCAAUAGUAGGUUGACGCACUUGUUUACUUAUCGUUCUGGCCGCAUGUUGCACUUGGCAUUGUUUUAUUUCGCCACAAUCUUAACGCUGGCAAGCGCACAAACACCAGAGCAAUUGCAAAUUGUGCCGAUCGCUGGUGAGUCAACGUUUUUCUACGUUGGUUGCUAUACUGCACGCACCGAUCUCCUGCAGGAAUCCAUCUAUUCGAAGACACCACAGACUUGUGUCGAGAUAUGCGAGCAUCAAAAAUUCAGCUAUGCUAUCUUGUCAGCGGAGCGUUGCUUCUGCACGAACAAUGUUCUUUCGAAGGAACGUCAGGAUGAUAAACUCUGUAACACGCGGUGUUUGGCUAACAAGUCGCAGUAUUGUGGUGGCGUUGGUGUGCACAGCUAUUAUUCAACAAUAUGGGCCACACAGACGGCACCGCGCAAUUUACGCGUGGCAAACGCAACCGAAAACACCAUCACAAUUGCUUGGGACAUGCACGUGUCCCCUAGUAAAGCGUUCGUAGCUGCUGCCGAGGAGGCGGCAAUCAAGUCGAUGAAAGAGAUUACGAAUUUCCUCAUACGUACACACAUACUUCAUACAUACUCGACACUGCCCUUCUUUCCGCAACCUGAAUUCAUUGUGCAAGCCAUGGAGACAAGCAUCGAAAUUACUGACCUACAUCCGGCCACUGAAUACAACAUUACAGUUGAGGCAAUGUGCGAGCAGGAGGUGUGUGGCAAUGACUCUUUACUGGCAAGCACCGAAGUUGGCGUGCCGAGUCCGCCUCCAUCGCAGCCCCGAGUGAUACGCACAACUGACUCUACUAUGACUAUAGAAAUUAAGCCUUUGCGGAAUGAUAACGGCCCGAUAACUAAGGUUGUGGUAAUUGUCGAACGUUUAGAUGACUCGUUGAGUCAAACCUUCGAUACCGAGCUUUUGGGCAGCUGGCCGAAGGCGCAAGAAGAUGGAUUACCAUAUUAUAUAGCAGCGCAGUUGGAUUACGAUGGGCCAGAGGAUAACAGCAUACGUCAAUUUAUUGUGGGCGACGGCAAACGUUACGGUCCUUAUAUAAAUGUGCCCCUAAACACCACCGGUGCCGAUAUACAUCUUAGUUUGGGCGUGAUCAGCACAUUAAACGGUGUCACCAAGACCCUGUAUACCCGUGGCUCGCACGAUCAGCACUCAAUCACAUUGGAAAAUUUCACCUAUGCCACUUUUGAGCCGGGCCGCGCUUCGAUUAUUGCGCUGGCCGUCACCUGCACUGUGUUUGCCAUUUGUUUUGUACUCAGCGUGUUCACUUAUUUUUAUCUGCGCUACAAGACCUGCCAGGCGCGCGGCGCAAUGAAUCGUAAUGCCCACGAAAUGACCAUGCAACAACCGAUUAUAGAGCGCGAGAACAAUGGGUUCAUGAUGGAGGAUGAGCUGCCCCCUGCUGAGAACUUCCGCCAGCAGCUCGAUGUACUCAUCUCGGCGUUAGACGCGAGUCAGCGACUACCUCGCAAUGCGCUGCGCAUGAAUGUCAGUGAUGUUAUUGCGGAGGGCCGUUACGGAGAGGUGAUUACGGGCAAAUUCAUUUCUACGGCACUGCCGGAAGCCAGCGCUGACUGCCAGUUGCAUGUGCUCGCUUUAGACGACUUGCAGGGCAAAGAGCAAGCACAUCUACUGCGCGACUUCUGCAAUCUUUCUAGGUUGCAGCGGCACGAGCAUUUGCUUGACUUCUACGGCAUUUCGGCUAGCUCCGAUUGGUUCUAUUUAGUGUUUGAUCAUCAAAAUGUAAGUCUAAAACGUCGUCUUAUCGAGAGCCGACGUGUACCUAGCUCGGCGCCCAUGCAACGAAUCACGGCACUCUCCGAAGAGCUAGUGCUACAGUGGAUCUACGAGAUAGCCAGUGCGCUUGAGUAUAUUAGCAGUUGUAAAGUGGUACACAAGCAAUUGUGCUCACAUAAUAUUUUCGUCACAGCUGAUGCUAAAUUAAAGGUGUCCCUAUUCGGUCCAAUACCGUUUGUGCAAAACCAAAAGAAAAUCGACAUUACCCGCUGGUUGGCACCGGAAGCCUUACGCUAUCAACAUUUUUCCGUCAAAUCGGACGUAUGGUCAUUUGCCUGCGUCGCCUGGGAGUGUUGUACGUUGGGCGGUACGCUAUAUGCGAAUAUAACGAACACGCAACAGCUGCUCGAAGCAAUUAAGAGCGGUUCGCGGCCGGCACAACCGACUUUCGUCUUUCAGGAUUUGUACCAACUGCUGCUGAACUGCUGGCAGCUAGAGCCAAGUGAGCGUAUCAAUUUCGAUGAGAUCGCGUAUAAUGUGCGUCAGUUGAUGACGUCACCGCGCCAUGCGCUAUGCUUUGAUCGAUCGGCGGAGACGUCCGACAACAGCGUACUCGACACAUUGCCAUACUACAUGCCAAUGCUGGAAAUGCACAACUAGGAAAUAUUGAUGUAGAAAAAGGUGUGUGUACAUACUUACAUAUGUAUAUA